GGAGCAUUCAGCCCCCACCCACCACCUUCAUCUGCUCUCUUUCCCUCCUCAGUCUGCAAACCCCACUUUCAAUUUUCAUGAGAAAGGGGGAAAACAGAGUCAAUCAUCAUGGAUAGACUGGUGAAGCCAGACGUCAAGGAAGUGGAAAUAGCGUUCAAGAGGGGCCAAAAAGGCACAACAACUUUCAGGCUAUCCAAUCUCAUGCACACCAUGUCUGUUGCCGUUUCCUUGACCACCACAAAUACAUCUGUUUUCUCUUUUGCUCAGGCCUUAUCUAUAAUCCCACCCCUUUCCUCUUCAUCUUACACUCUCGUCCUCUCUCAAUCUCCUGAUCAACCUACGGUCUGCACUCCUCCUGACGUCAUCACCGUCAAAUCAGCCAUGCUCCCCACCGGCAAGGCCCGUGUGGACGAUCUCCGCCGCCUGUUUUCAAGACCCGGACCGCAUAUUUUUAGAGACGCCACCAUACCCAUCUCACUUGUAGGUCCCCACGUUGCUGAAUAUCUAAUCUCCAAUCACGCCCAAAUACGUGAUGCCUCUUCCCAUUUUAAUAGGGCUAUCUCUGGGUGUUCCGCCUCCCAGCUCACAACCCUGCUAGAAUCCGCUGUAAUAUCUGGUAGUGCCAAUUUGGUAGCAAAAUUGAUAGAUGCCGGUGGAGAUGUGAAUUGUAAGGACUCAGAGGGACGGUCCAUGAUCACUCAGGCUGUCAAAGCAGGAAACACAGACGUAGUUAAGGUAUUGAUUGCAUCUGGUUGUUUAAUAGAUGAGUUAAUAGAUAAGGUUUUGCACGAGGCAGCAGCGAUAAACAGGGUGGAUUUGAUGGAGGUUCUUAGUCAUAAUUUCAAAUUUAUUGAUGCGAAUUCAAUUGAUUUACAUGGUAGAACUCCAAUUCAUGUGGCUGCAAGUUGUGGGCAUGUUGAAGUGAUUCGAUUUUGUGCUUCAAUUGGAGGAAAAAGCGACGUUGUGGACUGUAAUGGAUGCACACCGCUUCAUUUAGCUGCAGAGAAAGGACAUUUAGAAGCUGCGGAGUGCCUAUUAGAUUGCUCAAGUUAUAUAAAAUAUGCAGUGAACAAGGAAGGAAAAACUGCUUUCGGUGUUGCAGUAGAAAAUGGGAAUUCACAUUUAUAUGGGUUGCUGCAACUGGGAGACAUGUUGCAUAGAGCAGCGAGAUUGGGCGAUGUUAAUGGGAUAAGGAGUUGCAUAGCAGAGGGAGCCAACGUGAACGAGAGAGACGAGAAUGGAUGGACGCCUCUGCACAGAGCUGCGUUUAAGGGGAGGAUUGAGAGCGUGAAAGUGUUGCUUAAUCAUGGUGGUCGAGUAGAUGCUGUUGAUGAUGCUGGUUACAGCCCCCUUCACUGCGCAGUUGAAGCAGGGCAUGUGGAUGUUGCUAUGUUGUUGGUUUCUCAUGGGGCUAAGCCCAUUGUAAAGAGCCUCAAAGGUGCUUCUAAUUUGAAGAAGGAAUUGUUCAAAAACAAGUUGUCCGAUGAAUUUUCUUCUUGCGUUCUGUAAAUAAAUGGAUAUUGUUUAUGCGUUUCAGCGAUGAUAAUCCAAUUUUUAGUUUUUCCUAUAA